UUGGACCCGAAAACUCGUGGAACGUUCUCCAUACGUAUAUAAUGUCCCCCUGCCGAGGUGUCCGGGGUCAGCUGUCCUAGUUGCGCGGUCUACAUAGGAGUAGUCAAGGGCUUCCUCGUUCCCACCUCCUUGACAGCAGUAAUGCCGCUAGCUUCCAAACCGAUCCCGGAUCCUGACAAUGUCCCCUUACACACAGUCCUGCUGCGGACCUACUUACAGCUGCUGCACAGCCGCCCUAUACUUACCAAAGCGGUGACCAGCGCCAUUCUGUCUGCAUUGGGGAAUCUUUUAUCGCAGAGCAUAGAAAGGAGGCACCAGAGUAAAUCGAAAAAUGUCGACCUGGUGGCACCCCUUCGAUUUGCUGCAUAUGGACUUUUCUUCACCGGGCCGCUGUCUCAUUACUUCUACAUGUUUCUGGAGCACUGGAUCCCUUCUUCUCUGCCACUGGCCGGACUACGUCGCCUCCUCCUUGACCGAUUAAUUAUUGCUCCUGGUUUUCUGCUUCUUUUCUUUAUUGUGAUGAAUUUUCUUGAAGGCAAAAACCUGAAGUCAUUAAAUCGGACGCUGAAUGAUAGCUACUGGUCAGCGCUAAAGAUGAACUGGAAAGUUUGGACGCCAUUUCAGUUUAUCAAUGUAAACUAUGUUCCAGUGCAGUUCCGAGUACUAUUUGCCAACGUGGUAGCCUUCUUCUGGUAUACAUAUCUGGCUUCCACAAGGAAAUGACCCAGACAACCAGCUUCAGUGCCAGUGAUGAAACAGGCUGAGGACUCCAUGACGGCAGCACUAACUUGAGGACUAAUUUUUAUUAGCAAAAAUUAUGCAAAGACUUAAUUUUACUGUAACAUUUAGAAAUAUGAUUAAUUCAGAUUUUUCAAAGGAGCAGUUAUGAAAUGAUAUGCCAAGAUACAAUAUCCUAAAUUAGAAAAAAAUUCUAAUAGUUAAAGGGGUUUUCCAAGAGUUAAAAAAAACUGGCAUGGGGCAUUAUAAGAUAAACGAAGAAACAUUUCCUUUUAUAUAUCUGAGCCUGCAGCAGUCACAUGCUUUUCACCGUUCACAUGAGCCCUGCAGCCAAUCGCUGACCACAGCAGUCACGUGUCAUUCAUGCACACAUGACUGCUGAUGUCAGUGAUAGGUUGCAGCGCUCAUGUGAACGGUGGUCAUAAUGUCAUCGCUGCAGGACUUUUAUAGGGUCACGAACGCUGUGUUGACCUUACAUUUGUAAUGUCAAUUUAGCAUGGGCAUCAGGAAAGCUCCUAAUGUACACGCUCACCAUGUCCAUAGGGUUACUGUAGCCAGACAGAGGCCAAAAGUGUCCUUUUUGCCUCCGUCUACAUCAUAAAAACCAGUGUAGCAUAGUGUAGUAGUCUACACUACUCCAUACAGCAGUAUCCAGUAAAAGUGUACAAGUUUUUCUUACAGUGGAACCCUAUGGGGGACUGAUGAUAUUGUAUGGAAUCCCUCUGGGGCUUCCACUUAACAUAUACUCUGACUUUUUGAUUAAUAGGACUAGUCAUUUCACAGUUUACAUCAGUUUAGCCAUCUAGGCUGUGCAAACCCAGCAGCACACUUUUUUAGACCUAGCCUAUGCAUCCAAUGCAAAAGCUGUUCAUAAACCUUAGGGCUCAUGCACACGACUGUAUUUAUUUUGCGGUCCCAAAU